AUGACACCUCGAGAUCUCGUCUGUGCCAGAUGUUGGCGUGAUUUCUUCAACACCGAGGCUUUUGAGAAAUGCUGCACUUACGAUCAUUUCGGUAAUGUCCACGAGCAGAGAAGCGUCGAAGCAGUCGCUGCCACCAGCGAGAUCAGAGAUGCUGACUGCACCUGGUGUGCAUACAUAAGAAGCUUUAUUCGCGACUCGUGGAUGCCAGAAGACAGGGUUACUACGUAUUUGGGCUCGUCCCUGAUAGGCUCAUGCACGCCCAGGGGCGGAAACGUCUUCUACCUGGACAUCUCGUGCCACUCUCCAAGAGGAAAGUGGAUCGGGGGCUCCGCGCUAUUUCUUCACGCCUGGACGGCAGCAGACGACAACGCCUCAGAGUAUGUGACUGCGAGACCCUUGCGGACCGACGUCAACAGCGAGGCAGCGACACUGCAGCUUAAAAAGUGGUCGGAGGAGUGUAUAGGGCACGAGUGCUGCAGCACUUCACACCGAGAGUCUAGUCUUCCCGCAAGGGUCAUCGAAAUCAAUCCGCCGGGACGACGACAUCCGCGACUCUUGGAAUCCAGGAAUUUGCGUGGCGUUUACGCAACGCUCUCUUACUGUUGGGGGGAAACGCCUUUUUCGACUCUCACUUGGGCCAAUUAUGGUAAAUUCACCGAAGAGCUGGAUGUGCGAACCCUACCUUGCACUAUCCGUCACGCCAUCUCGACCACUCGUAACUUGUCCAUCCCAUAUUUGUGGAUUGACGCCCUCUGCAUCAUCCAAGAUUCUGAAGAGGAUAAAAUCAGGGAAAUUGCAGUCAUGAAAGAUAUCUACGCUUCUUCAGCUUUGACAAUAGUUGCCGCAUCUGCGAAGAGCGUCGGUGAAGGAUUCCUCCAUCCCCGGGUCCACUCAGAGCCCUUCCACACGAUACCUGUCCGGAUUCGACCCAGCGUGUUCGGCACGAUGUCCGUCAACGAACUGGAUGCUGCAAGCUACGACGAGCGGUUCGAGCCCCUUGCGAAGAGGGCCUGGACGAUGCAAGAGCAGCUACUAGCCCAACGCGCGCUCACAUUCACUACCCACACCAUGAUGUGGAGGUGCCAUGCCGGCACAAGAAACUUUGGAGACUCCCUAUACUUCCCACACGACCUCGAUGCGGGUUACAACGACAAUGAUGACAAGUACAGCCUCAAUCUGCACUCUCUGCUUCUGAGUGAAGAAGAAGCGCGCUCUCAGAGAGACAAGGCUUUGAGCUGUUGGCUGCGGAUCGUGACGGCGUACUCUCUCCGCGUUGCGAGCCUUGAACGCGACAAGCUGAAUGCAAUAGCUGGUAUCGCCUCGCAUCCUUCCUUCUCUCGCGUCCUCGGGCCUGGCUACUUCGCUGGGCUGUGGCAAUACGAACUCGCGAGACAACUGACAUGGCGCGCUUCACGCCGGCACAGAACACUGCCUGGAAAUGACACCUGUAUCAUUUACAGGCCGGUGAGGUACAGGGCGCCUUCCUGGUCCUGGGCGAGUCUUGAGGGAGGGGUCAUUCGAUUCAAUUUUUCUUUCGAUGAUGAAGACGCAACUGUUUCGGACGUUAUCUGCGACAUCAUAGAUUGUUCGACCGCACCAAUAUCUCCCGAGCUCAACCCGUUUGGACAAGUAUUGUCUGCACGGCUGAGAGUGAAAGCUGCUGUUAGGAGGGCCUGGUUCAAUCCUUCAACUCACAAUGUCUUCUUGCUUUCAGUAUCCACCUCCUCGGAAUCCAGAAUAGUAGUUCCACACAACGAAGAGCUAAUCUCUUUUGACGAGGCUUCGACUAGACAUAUCGAUGAGUUCUUGGCAAGACAUCCGGAUGUUGACCUCGGUGAGGAUCCAGAGGCUACGCACGGCACUGAUUAUCGCAAUAUGUGCGGCACAUAUGACGACACUGAAAACCACGACCCUGUUAUCGUCUUAUGCGUGGCCAUAAACCUAAGCCCAGAAAGGGACGACGGGGUGGAAGGGCUGCUUCUUCUACCGAGCGAAGUAGAGGGCGACGACAAUAUGUUCCAGAGGAUCGGAUUCUUCGAGAGGGGGAGAAACGAAGAUUUUCCAAAGGAAACACAGACAGAGAUCUCGAUCAUAUGA